ACAGAACAAAUAAACUCCGAGUGCAAUCAACAUUCAACAUAAAAUCAAAUAGACAUUGCCAUUGAAAAAAUAAUUGAUUUCAUCACCAACUCUUUUUCGCCUCGCUGAAUAAAUAAUUCUUUUCAAUUUUGCUUCAAAUUAGGGUUGUUAGACCUGGGACUCGGCUAAUAUUUUAGCGCGAAAACCAGUGUCAAUUUGGAGAAUCUCAUCCACCGCGAGGGAAUUUGAAGACAACGACCAACCGACAAAACACGACACCGCCCUCACCAAAUAACGAAGGUAGAGCAUAUUGAUUUUUUGUACGCCUUUUCGAAUUCAUUCUGACAUUUUAUCCAGGACACAAUGUCGACCUUCGAGCCAGUCGUAAGUGCUCAAUCCUUUAUCCAUGGCAACCAAUACACAAUUCAAUAUUGCGCGACAAAAACGAUUGGAAAUAGUACUUUUGGGUUCAGCGACAAGAUGGAAUACGACUAGGAACGAAUUGCUGAUGUUGGACUUCUUCUAUUAGAUCACGAUCGAUGCCAAGGGUCACCUUCUUGGUCGACUCGCAAGCACUGUUGCAAAGCAGUUGCUUAACGGCCAGAAGAUCGUCGUUGUACGAUGUGAGGCCUUGAACAUCUCCGGAGAGUUCUUCCGUGCGAAGCGUACGUUUUACCUUUAUUUGAGUGCGAUGGAAUUGAAUAUGAUGGAUUCGAUGUUGCGCAUGAAUGGAAUGGAUAAAAAUGAUGGAAGGCUGAUUCAAUUUCGAUAAUAGUCAAGUACCACGCCUACCUCCGAAAGAUGACCAGAUACAACCCAACCCGUGGAGGUAAGAUUUCAAACCCCGUCAAUUGCAAUUGCAAUUGAUCGCAUUCGAUACUUGGGAGAUAUCCUGACUUUCUUCGAAUAGGUCCUUUCCAUUUCCGUGCCCCAUCCAGAAUCUUCUACAAGACCGUCCGUGGUAUGAUUCCUCACAAGACUGCCCGUGGUGCCGCCGCCAUGGAGAGACUUAAGGUUUUCGAGGGUGUUCCACAACCAUACGACAAAGUCAAGCGCGUUGUCGUUCCCCAAGCUUUGAGAGUGUUGAGAUUGAAGCCUGGACGCAAAUACUGCACUGUCGGCAGAUUGAGCCACGAGGUUGGAUGGAAAUACCAAGAUGUUGUUGCUAGGUUAGUGAAUUCAUUGGAGUUGGGUUGAUGGCGGAUUCUCGGAGCUGGAUACUAAUACGGAUCAUCACAGACUUGAGGAGAGAAGAAAGGUUAAGAGCGCAGCAUACUACGAACGCAAGAAGGCAGCACGCAAGCAGCUCUCAGAAGCCCAGAAGUCCGCCAAGAUCGAUGAUAAGACCAAGUCUGAGUUGGCUGCUCUCGGAUAUUAAAUAUCCUGGACCUUAUUUGAUGUGAUUUUGCGCUGCUGGGUGGAUGGAUUGGGUUGUUUAAACGGUUUCUUCUUUUCAACAAUAACAACGUCAAUGCUUUGUUCGACCAAUUACUGGGAGAUCUCAGGGCCUGGUAUUCAUUUACCAUACACGAUAUUGGGAAAUGCUACGACGACAAGGAGUCUGACGCAGCAAGGAACUUUGAUGUGUAUUGCUUCGGCUUACAUGCAGUUCAUAGCAAAAUGAAAGCCCAAGGCAUGAAUCAAAAAUGAACACAUUGCGGUUGGUCAUUGUGGAAAUGGAAGUUGAAUUGUGAAAAUUAAUAAUGAAAUCCAUUAGCUACAGUUUAUGAAUGAGCAUCGGUUUGGUACAAGUUACUUUAAUUCUUUGUGAAUUCAAAGAGCACAUGGCAGUGUUUUGGAGAGAAUUUGAUGACAAGAUCAUCAUGAUGUAAUUUAUGGAUACCUUUAACAGCUCGACUGAUAUACCCAGUAGGUAGACCAAAGAUUUCUAGACUUUG